GUGAAGUGAGUAUGUUACUAAGUGCGUGGAUCGCGCGAGCCCUUUUUACUCAGUAUUUUUUGGGGGAGAUUCCACGAGGUGUAUUUUGACUUUGCGAAGAUGCCAGGGAGGGUGUUGACCCUCGAACGAUCUGACGAUCCAGAUCGCGUCCCACAAGAGUGCUGCCUCGGCAUACGAACGGGUAGCACGGCAUAAAGAUGGAGGGGAUAUGUUGCUACCCACAACACAAAUCACCGGAACACGCAGAGAAGAGAGAUGGCAGACAGCAGCAUGAGCAGGGACGAGAGGUGGAACCUGGCCGGCGCGACGGCGCUGGUCACCGGUGGCAGCAAAGGGAUCGGCCACGCGAUCGUGGAGGAGCUGGCGGGGCACGGGGCGCGGGUGCACACGUGCGCCCGGAGCGCGGCGGAGCUGGAGGAGUGCCGCCGCCGGUGGGAGGCCAAGGGGCUCCCGGUCACCGUCUCCGUCUGCGACGUCUCCCUACGCACCCACAGGGUGCAGCUCAUGGAGACGAUUAAGCAGGUCUUCGACGGCAAGCUCGACAUACUGCUAGGACCGGAGAUCAUAGAAAACGAGUUGGCCAGGACUCCGAUGCGGCGAGCAGGCGAGCCGGCCGAGGUGGCGACUGUGGUGUCAUUUCUAUGCAUGCCGGCGGCGUCCUUCGUCACCGGCCAAGUCAUCACCGUCGAUGGUGGUCGGACCAUUAGUGGUUAGUCAAUUAAGAGUACCUUGCGAAUAAACUCAUGUUUGUGUUGAUCACAAAGAGUGACAAAUCCAAUA